AUGAAGCGGUGAGCAUUUCAAUGCUUUCAGCUGGUGAUCUUACACUGACGCCCCGCGUGACUCUUCUCACAUCCCCUCAGCCCAUAUGCUACGUACACCGGCACAGCGGGAACUCCUACACAGGGAGCAGCUCCCCAAGGGACCGCCAGCCCAUACGCCAAUUACGGGUAUGGCGGCCCCCAGCAACAUCACCAACAGCAGCAGCAGCCUGUGGCAGCUUCGCCUGCUCACAAUGCAGGUGGUGAAUCUGGACUGACGAAGGAGCAGCAGCAGGCGCAGUGGCACGCUCAAUGGCAGCAGGUGAGCUGACUGAUCGUCAGUAUGGCGAAGUGCGCUCGAGUCGCAAGCUGACCCGGCCUCGUGAUCGGCAUUGGCAGUACUAUGCUCAGCAGGCAGCUGCCGCUGCGGCCACACCAACUCCUACGACACCCGCUCAAUCUCCCCAGCAACUACAGCAGUCACAGUAUGGCGGCUAUCCUCAACAACCUCAGCGUCCACCGCCUCAGCCGGCACAAGCGGCUUAUUCCACCGCUUAUCCUCAACAGCCCCAGCAACAAAACUACCAACCCCCAGCCCAGCAGGCUACCUACAGUCAGCCCGCGGCUCCUGCGUGGCAAAAUCAGCAGCAACCCCCGCAACAAGGACCGGCAUACCCACAGCCCUCGCCCCAGCCUCAGCAUCAGACUGCCUUUGCUUCGAACACGCCGCAAGGCCAAUACACUGGCGGCCCCCCACAGGGUCCAAAUCAGUCCGGCUACUAUGGUCAAUAUCCAGCCAGCCAGAACACACGCGUUCCGCAGCAGCAGCAUGGUGGCCCUGCACCGGUUCAAGCUGGUCCGCCUUCGAAGCGACAGCGCUACGGUGACAACGGCAUGCAACCUGGGAAUGUUCAGCCCGCCCCAGGUUAUGGUCAGCCAACGCCGCCGCCCGCCCAAGGCUGGCAGCAACAAGGUUUCGGAGGACCGCAACAGGGUCAAUCUGGACCAGCACCUUUUGCAGCACCUCAACAACAGCAACAACAACAGUACAUGCCUCAGCAACCAAAUGGAUGGCAAGGCGCUCGUUCCCACCAACAGCCACCUGGUCCGAAUUCAGUCCUACCAGUGGGCCAGCAAGGACCUCCGCAAGGCUACGGACAGGUGCCCACAGGUCCGGGCGGCAUGCAGAAUCACUUAAGCUUUGGCCCUGCUGGCAAUGUCGGCAACUCGACCCCCAACCACCACGGGUCGGCUCGAAAUGCGAACGGUCCACGCUUGGGACCUCAGCAAAGCCGUCCACCUGUCGCAAGCCUCCCUCGUCCACCGGCCCCGGUAGGCAAAGGACCUCAAGCGCUGCAGCAGGGCAAUCGAUUUGGCGCGUCCGCCGGUGCUGCCGCCGGCGUCGUUCCAUCUGCUGGAGAUCGCAGCGGCUUUUCUUCUGGCAGUCGAGGCGGCAAUCAACCUGCGCGAUUGCGCCCAAGCGGAUCAGGAGGACAACGUGGAGGUCCGGCUGCACCGCAAGCAGGACCCAGUGGCAACAACAAUCAGCGUGGAUUCAGCAGCCAGAACAUGAUGGCUCCAGCUUCUGGAGUUCAGCGCAAAUUUGGUGAACGCAACGCAGCACAAGUGGGGAGCAACGUUCCCACUCGCAAUCAGAAUGGUCGUCCAUCUCAAGUCUCGACCUUUGAGUCUACGCGAGCAGCACAGAUUGCGCCGGCUAUCGCAGGGCAGCCUUCUUCCGCUGCUGAUCACUCCGUUCCUGGGGGCAGCAAGCGCACAUUUACCGACUUUCGCAUCAAAGGCCUCGAUAUUCCCGCAUUAGCAUGGGGCUGGAAAAUCACUAGCGAAAAGAAUGGAGAUGACGUAGAAGACUCCAGCGAAGAGGAGGAAGAGGACAAUGCGGCUGAAGCUGGCGCGAAGAAUCACGACAACGACGAUGAUGACGCGAUGAGUAUUGCGGAUAGCAUCGAUCCAGCCAAGGAGCGCAAGACAAGGCCGCCAAGUGGUCCAGCAAAUAGCGGACUACGAGGAGAUGUUUGUCGCAUGCGCAUCAAUUUUGCAGCUGUCGCGCACCAGCCUCCCGUCAACGCGCCAGCAGGACCGCGAGCCAAGCUCAAGGCUGACAAAACUGCCACCGGCUCUCCUGCCGUCGAUGCCCAAGAUGGCGACAACACUGCACCACCAUCAGAUGCUGGCGAUGCCUCUGAAGCUACCAAAGAAGUGUCGAAGGAUGGCGAAGAUUCGAGUAAGGAAUCGAGCAUUGUUGUGGAGCCAGCUUGGACGCCAUUCAGCAAGGGGCCCCCUCAGAGCAGCACCAAUCGCAUCAGCAUCUCCUACGCAGGGACGCUCCGUCGGCUCACUAUCGAUGCCGAAAUAGUCAAGGAGUUGCGAGUUUUCCGAGCUGAGAAUCGAGCCGAGAUCAUCGUCGACGUCACAACUGCCCCCGGCGCUCGCGACUCAAACCUGAAUCGCAAAGGCAAAGAAUGGGUCAUUGCGAAGGGUAUUUUGCUCGAGACUCGCGACACCGAGACUGACUCCUUCGGCGUCACCAGUCGCAGGCAACUUGAGCAUGCUUGGGCGAACAAAACAAAUGAAGAACCUGUCAUUUCAAAAACGAAGACCAAAACGAAGACUGCCGCAGGAGACACCGACGCCGCGCAAGUAGAAAGCUCGGAAGAGAAGCUCGCGCCAGUGGCUGGGCCUUUCAAUGAGCUUCCCCCUUUGUUCAGACUGCUCGAAGAACAUGACGUGCCGGACGACGAUGGAGCGCCGGAAGCGCGAGGCGCAAGUCAGUUGAUCAUCAAUGUGCAACUCGACAGACCUACAACACUUGAAGACAAGUGGCUUCGUAGCGGUGACGUCGGAGAAUGGUUAUCAGCCUUGCCUGCCUUCUCCACCCGCGUGUCUGAGCCAGUGUGGCAAGAAAAGAUCCAUGUUGCCGAUCCGGAUCCACUGCCUACAGUAUCGCAGGUGUGUCAGGAUUGGACAAACAAGAGCUCGAUUGGGACCCCAAGAGAACGACGACGGUUCAUCGCAGAUCAGUUGCAGGGAGGAGAAGCGAUGCAUGAGAUUGUUGCACAGAUCAUGCGCAAUCCCAACAAUCCUGCGCUGUCAAAGCACGAGGUUGCGCCGCCUCUGCUCGAGACUUUCGACAAGACUGCCUUUUCGGCCAACCAAAACCAUCUUGCCCUUGCUGCCCUGAGGCUGCUGGACUUGAUCCAAGAAUACGGCGCAGCAUCCGGCACGUCCGGAGAGCUCAUCCUCACACAUUUGAAUGACUUGAUUAUGGCCCUUCCUACUACAGUCAUUUUCAAGGCGUUGGACGCACUGGUGAGUGGCGGAGUCGGAAGUGCAAGCAGUCGGGCAGUGCUAAUAGCUUCGGUUCCUUUGCAGUGGAAAGAAGCGCACGAAAAGCAGCGCAUUGCUGACGCUGAACGUAAGCAGGCUCAAAAGCAAGCGGAAAAGAAGGCUAAGAAAGACAAGCAGCAUACGCAAGGAAAGUCGGAUGAAGCUAAAGUGGAGCAAAGGACAGAUGCGCCUUCAAGUAAGGAAACGAGCAGUAGCCAAAGCCAGACGGCAAGUCAGGGCCGAGUGGGUCUAGUGAAAGGCGAGACGCCAGGUGGCGAGAGGCAAGGUGGCGAGGCAGAAGCCAAGAUAGAGACGGAUUCGGGAGUCGAGCCGCUCCUCAAGGUGGAGACGGAGCUCGAGCUGCCCGAUCUGUCUGGUUCUGCAGUUGGCGUAGAGGAAACGUCGACUCCAAACAAACUGCCCACGGGUCACGUCGUGGACAUUGACAGUGCGAUCGAAGGGAUUGGAUCAGCUACGCAGCCAAAGGACCCGCUGGAACAGCUCGUCGAUGACGCUCUUGCUCUUGACUCUGUCAAGCAAGAAGCUGAUGCGACGGUACUGCCGAUCUCUUUGUUAGACACGGAGAUGGCUGGAGAGAACGGCGCCCAAGUUGAGGGAGCGACAUUGCUGCCAGGGACUGCUUCGGACAAUCUGGUGGAUCAAACUGCUGACAUGCGGUCAGAAGAAGAGCUCUUGACGAGUGAUGGCGCGAGGGUUCACGAGGUCGUGGCGCAACCUGGGACGAGCGUAGCGGAGAGCUCGAAAUUGCCGGUGGAUGACUAG